GGAACUUGGCUUGGGUGGGCAGCCCUGCACUGCAGCCCGUUGCCGCGACCAGAACGAGGUGAAAAAAAGGCGCUUGCCAGCCUGCCAGGCAACUCGCAGCGCAGUCCUGUGACCCCCGCCGCCAUCAGCCGAAGGAAAAAGUCAACCGCCAUUGAGAGAAGGAAAAAAAAAAAAAAAAAAACCUGAGGCUCCGGAUACCAACUCUACCAUGCACCACCGCAACCCCCCCCCCUCCCUCUCUUCCAUUUGGCACAAUCGCUCUAUGACACUCGUUUCCUCCCAUUUUUCCUCCCUCAGCGCGACAUCCGCUUCAUAUCUGGAGUCUCUGGCGACUCAUCUCCCAGACUCCGUCCGGAGUGCUGUAUCACGCUUUGCGACCGCACUUUCUAAAGUUGACCCAACAUCGUCAUCACCCCUGUGGCUAGAUAGCCUUGCGAAGCCCUUCGAGGCUCUACCACUCCUUACCACAUCAACCCCCACCGCCCGUGUCGGGGUCACCCUUCUUUUAGCCUUGCUUCUUGCCGUUCUUGCGAUGAGCUGGAAUCCAUGGAGAGAGCGCUUAUCUCCCUAUAGAAACACUUCCCCGCCAACCGUUGCCGAUGAUGACUACAGCUACGUAACUGUCGAUGACGCCGACUAUAUAAGAGCACGGCAUAACCUGAGCUACUCCCCCACCGAACCGCGGAGCAACCAACAUCCCCUUACAAUCGCCGACGACGAUGAAUCUAAGCCAGAUGUGAUCAUCCUAAAAUACAGAGGGAAAUCAUACCGUCUCAAUUUCCCCGCUUAUUCCAUUGGCGACGGACUGAUAACGGUUGGGAAUGUGAAAUUGGCUGCCGCAAAUGCACUGGAUGUCCCGGACACACGGCAAAUAAAACUUCUUUACAAAGGCACUGUGUUGAGAGAUGACUCCGCCCGAGCCAAGGAUGUCGGGCUGAAGCAGAAUUCCGCAACAAUGUGCGUGAUAUCGGAUUUCCUCCCAGAUACGUCGAGCGAGGAGAGCUUAGUGACACCUGCAACCUAUGACAUGCCUGAGACCACCAACCAGCAAUCCCCGUCCCCCCCUCCUGCCAAUGGGGGUGGCGGCAGCGGUGGCCGCAAAAAAAGACGUAACAAGAAGCGCUCCAAUAAUAACGCGGCGAAGGACACACAGGAAUCAGCGCAAAGCCCAUCUACACCUUUUGCGAUACCUAUAGAACGGCCUCAACAGCAAAACCCACAACGAGCACCCCAACAAUCCCCCCCAUCCUCCUACACCAGCAAUUCACCCAACCUCUCCGCCCGGCCUUUAGCCAAUGACAACAACCGGCCCCCGUCCUCCGCCAGUACAUCCCCGCGCCCCUCCCACAUUCCCAAACCGUCCCCGAACCUCAACCUCGUCCGUACGCCGCAAGAAAAGAUCAGCCUGCUCAGCAGAUAUUUCCACGAGACCCUCGAACCUUUAAUACGCGAAUAUAUCCAGCAUCCGCCCGCGGACCAGAAGUCGCGGGAUUUCGAGCACCGCAAGCUUAGCGAGACAAUAAUGAUGCAGGUUAUUUUGAAGGUGGAUGGGAUUGAGGUUGACGGCAUUGAGGAGGCGAGGCAGCAGCGGAAAGCGCUUAUUGUUACAGUGCAGAAUUUGUUGAAGUUGCUUGAUGAGGCGCAUAGGCGCGGAUAGGGGGGUGUUGGGUGUCCCUUUUUUUAUUUAUUUAUCUUGAUUUAUUUACGCAUUUUGCCGUGCUUCUUUUCUCCUACGCUCUAUUGCAUACAUUCCUAGGCUUUGGUCCGUAUUCUGUCGUACUUGUGAUUAUGCAUUGUUUCUUUAUGCUCUAUCCUAGUUUUCAAUCUUCAAGUUUAUCAAUCGGCGCUUUUUAGUAUGAGCCGGGUAAUCCCCAGGCGCGAGAGAGUUUAUACUUUUCUUUUUCCUUUAGACAAGACAUCAACAUCAACAACGACAAAUGGAAAACAUUUUGACUCAUAACGGAAUGCAUAUUAGGGCAUGGGAUCGGAUUUCUUUUUCCUCAUCUCUACUCCCGUAUACCCGCAUCAAUUAGACAUCUUCACCCUUGUUGAAUGACCAUACUGACCUGAUUGGCGCUGGUUGGCGCCAUUUUCUUCUGAUGAUAAUAACAAUAACGAUAUAUAUUAAUAGACUCUUCC